AUGGCUUCCAAUCAACAAGGUCAGCCAGCAGAGAGCGAGAGCCAGCCCACAAUCUUCAAGUUCCCAGACCAAGUCAACCAGUACGUCGGCGACCGGGAAGUUGACUUCAACCGCACCGGAAUCCUAUACAUCUUCCGCGACUGGUGCUGGAUCGUGUACAACGGCAUCCUAGUUCCCGGCACCACUCAGACUCCGGCCACUUACGCCGUCAUGGGUGGCUGGAUUCGGAAGGACAAGGUCGGCAGCUACCUCCUCGGCGAGCUGUUGGGUCAGGACUGGAAGACACGCAGUGCAUGGUUCCAAGACUUGCGUGCCAAGGUAGAGGCUGCCUUCGAGUGGGAGGAUAAGCUCUUUAAUACGGGACGAACCAGCGAGCGGGACUUCGCGUUGUUUCUUACCAAGAAGCUGAACGGCAUCACAGUCGAAGCGAGCCAGAAGGAGUCGAUAGCGGAGCAUGCUGGCGGCCUGGCGGAUGAUUAUCUUUACAGGCAGUACAUGAAUGAUCCGGAGUAG